AUGACUGCGAAUGGACUCCUCCGCAAAGACCAACUCGAGCGCAAUCUGUUCGAUGAGAGGAAACUAAUCGAAGAGGGGAUUCUCAAGGAAGACAAUCCCCUCGAUUUCAGCGUCAACUUCCAGAAGUUAUGCGAUGCGUGUAGACGAGGCGACCUCAAGGUCUGCCAGGAGAUGAUUCAGGAGGGAACCAAUAUUAAUGCAAAGGAUCAGUACGAUUAUACGCCUUUGAUUCUGGCUAGCUUAUGCGGACAUUAUGAAGUUGUCCAGUUAUUGCUUGAGUCUGGCGCACUCUGCGAGCGUGAUACAUUCCAGGGCGAAAGGUGUCUAUAUAAUGCAUUAAACGACCGGAUACGAAACUUACUACUACAAUACGACUACUCGAAAACCACAGAUCCCUUACAGCCAUUAGCAUCACAUCUGGUCUCCUUGCUGACCCGAGACCAUCCCAAGACAUACGACAUCAUGGUCAUCACCACCAGCGAAACCUUCUACCUCCACAAAUUCAUCCUCUCAGCCCGGUCACCUUACUUCCGGAGCAAACUCGCCCAAGCACCAGAAACCAAAGUCUGGAAACCAGCACCCACGAUUCCACCGCAAUCGCUUGCAAUCGCUUUGAGGCACUUGUACCUCGGAGAAAUCCCACGAGAUCUCGGCGGCGGUCCUGGCACAGGCUUCACCGACUCGGAAAUCCUCGCCGGUGUGGACCGAAUCAGCAAGCAUCUUGAGAUCCAGAAUCUCUCACAAUUAAUACUCGACAGCAAUGACCGUAGAUUGGCACGACAACGGCGCCAGGAUGAAGUACAGAGAGGUCGUGACCAGCUCGAACAAUGGUUCCGCGACAACGUACUCAAACACGCCAUCGAGAUCGAAACCUCCCGGGCAGACGAUAUAAAAUGGGACCGCAACAACGGCAUCUUCGCAGACAUCCUCCUCCGCGCCGACGAGGACGAAGAGGAAGCUGAAGAUGGAGGAGAUGUACCCGGAUCAACAAACAGAGACCUUGAACGUCAAUCCUCGACCAACGCCCUCGGCAUUCCCAUAUCCCACUCAGACCGGUCGCGCUCGCCCUCUCGUACACGUAAACCUCGCCGCUCGAAAAUCUACCCCACCCACAAGGCCAUGCUCAUGCGCUCGGAAUUCUUCAACACAAUGUUCUCGUCGUCCUUCCUCGAAGCUCAACCAACCCCACAUCUCCAGAUCGUCUCGAUAGACUGCUCGCCUGCCGUGCUCGAGAUCAUCCUCGCGUUCUUGUACACUGAGAAAGCCGACUUUGGACUAGACAUCGCCGUGGACGUGCUUUUCGCGGCGGACAUGCUGUUUUUGGAGAAGGUCAAAGCCAAAGCCGCGUUGGUGAUUAGUUCCCUGGGCAAUGGGAGUGCAGUUGCGAUGCCCGCUUCCACGGCCCUGUCACCUGAAAUCGUGGACCAUGAGAACGUAUCCCAUUCGCAGCCGCUACCAGAGCAGCGUCCCAGCGACUCCCAAUCCGUGGACGACGAACUAGACAUCUACGAAAUCCUCCGUGCAGCCUGGCUCACGCGCGUCCAGCGCCUCGAGGAAUUCGCCGCCCGGUACAUUGCCUAUCGGCUGGAAGCCUUCAUCGACACGCCCGAGUUCGCGGAACUGGUCAAAGAGAGCGCCGAGCGUAUCACCCGCAGAGAAGAAACCGACAGUAUCGAACUGCUAGAUGAUAUUCGGUACUACUUAAGCGAGCGAUUCCGGCUCCGAUUCGAGGACUCUGGGCUCGAGGACGUCAUGGACGAGGAGGCAGCCAUGGCGGAGGCGGUUGCACAGUCGCACACCGAGUCUCAAACUCAAGAGCGGACCAAGAACGGUGGUGCAGAAGACGCGCACGCGAAGCCCCCUCAGCCCCUGCCGCGCUGGGGCACCGAUCCCAAACACCCCCACGAAGACGAAGGCGUCGACAUGUCCGCGGCAAUCUCUAGCACAACGUCGACACCUUCAACAGCAUCCUCCUCCGUCCCCGCCACCGCCUCCGCUGCGCCGUCUACAUCUACAGACCUCGAUCGAGAUCCAAAUCCAAAUCUCAACAACCCAGACCAGCAAUCCAUCCAAGCCCUCCUCGCCUCCGGGGCCGUCCGCACCCUCGACGGCGAAUUGGCGGGCGACGAAUUCGCAGCCAUGGCGGUAGAUUACCAGAUCCUGCUGGGCAAGAUCGACCGGUUGCUCGAAAAGUUGAAGCUGGAUGCAUAA